GUGACUUCCUGAUCUUCAAGUCAACUCUUGCAGGCGGCUGAAAUAAAAUAAAGGUGCAAAAACAUUUGAGGAACUUCACUCUUCUCUAUAUCGUUUAUCUGCCUGCUUGAAAGAACUGGAGAAAAUAGUUUCUGCCUCUCCUGACACACAGAGAUGGCUGCAGCUCUGACUGUCCUUCUCAUCGGCUGUCUGCUGCAAACUGCCCUGUGUGGACAGUUCAAGACCAUUAUACCACAGACUAUAAAAGUCCUGAGUGGAUCCUGUGUGACCAUCCCCUGCUCCUUUGAUGUAGAGGACCAGUAUAUCUCACGUAUUGAUGGAACAUGUAGAGCAAUGUGGAAAUCUGAUGAACAGACUGUUGUGUUUGACAGCAGUAAUCCACAAUCAAGUGCAAUACAAGGAGAACUGAAAGGAGACUUGACAAGAAGAGACUGCAGCACAACCCUGAACAACAUGAGACCUGAGCACAGCAAGGAAUAUUUAUUAAGAGUGCAAUGUGAUCACUUCAAACAUAGUUUUCGUGACCAGAAGUUGCACAUUUCAGUCACAGAUGAUCCACCCACACCGACUCUGACUCCGUCCACACUGAAGGUGGAGGAGGGAACCUCAGUGAGUUUGAAGUGCUCUGCUCCAGCUCCCUGUCUGUCUCAUCCUCCAGCUCUGACAUGGACCUCCAGCCUGGGUCACAUUCAGGAGUCACUGCAGGAGAAUCUGGACAGAACUAAAGUCCAGACCUCUGUUCUGACCUUCACUGCUUCUCGCCUUCAUCACGGAAAGAUAAUCUCCUGUACUGCAGUCUACAACAAACAAGAUGGCAGCUCUCAGUCAGUUAGCACCAGUUUGACAGCUGAUGUUUCACGGUCUUCACAGUUUAUCGCCUUCAUGCCACAGACUAUAGAGGUUCUGAGUGGAUCCUGUGUGACCAUCCCCUGCUCCUUUGAUGUAGAGGACACAUAUAAAUCAAACGUGGAUGAAACAUGUAGAGCAGUGUGGAAAAAUGAUCAAGGGACUGUUGUGUUUAACAGCAGGAAUCCACAAACUACAGGACAUUUGACAGGACAUUUGACAGGAAAGUUAACAAACAGAGACUGCACCACAACCCUGAACAACAUGAGACCUGAGAACAGCAUGAAGUAUUUUUUCGGACUUGAAUGCGACAAUGGCCUUGAAUAUGAUUUUAAAACAAGACAGAUGGACAUUUCGGUCAAAGAUGAUCCACCCACACCGACUCUGACUCCGUCCACACUGAAGGUGGAGGAGGGAACCUCAGUGAGUUUGAAGUGCUCUGCUCCAGCUCCCUGUCUGUCUCAUCCUCCAGCUCUGACAUGGACCUCCAGCCUGGGUCACAUUCGGGGCUCACUGCAGGAGAAUCUGGACAGAACUAAAGUCCAGACCUCUGUUCUGACCUUCACUGCUUCUCGCCCUCAUCAUGGAAAGAUAAUCUCCUGUACUGCAGUCUACAACAAACAAGAUGGCAGCUCUCAGUCAGUUAGCACCAGUUUGACAGCUGAUGUUUCAUUGUCUUCACAGUUUAUCACCUUCAUGCCACAGACUAUAGAGGUUCUGAGUGGAUCCUGUGUGAACAUCCCCUGCUCCUUUGGCGUAGAGGACAAAUAUAAAACAAAAGAGGAUGAAACAUGUAGAGCAGUGUGGAAAAGUGAUCAAGGGACUGUUGUGUUUAACAGCAGGAAUCCACAAACUACAGGACAUUUGACAGGACAUUUGACAGGAAACUUAAAAAACAGAGACUGCACCACAACACUGAACAACAUGAGACCUGAGAACAGCAUGAAGUAUUUUUUCAGACUUGAAUGCAAUGGUGUGCAAUAUAAUUUUUUACAAAAACAGGUGGACAUUUCAGUCAAAGAUGAUCCACCCACACCGACUCUGACUCCGUCCACACUGAAGGUGGAGGAGGGAACCUCAGUGAGUUUGAAGUGCUCUGCUCCAGCUCCCUGUCUGUCUCAUCCUCCAGCUCUGACAUGGACCUCCAGCCUGGGUCACAUUCAGGAGUCACUGCAGGAGAAUCUGGACAGAACUAAAGUCCAGACCUCUGUUCUGAACUUCACUGCUUCUCGCCUUCAUCAUGGAAAGAUAAUCUCCUGUACUGCAGUCUACAACAAACAAGAUGGCAGCUCUCAGUCAGUUAGCACCAGUUUGACAGCUGAUGUUUUGUACUCACCCAAACACACCACAGUGUCAGUCAGUCCCUCUGGUCCAGUACCAGAAAACAGCAUUGUGACUCUGACAUGCAGCAGUACUGCCAACCCAGCAGUAAGGAGCUACACCUGGUACAGAGCUGACGGAGGUCAGGAGACUGUCAUGGGGACUGGACAUGUUUUAAACAUUAAAGCUUCAAGAGACAUUGGUCCUUUUUUCUGCGAGGCAGAAAAUGCUAUUGGAUCUGGACGGUCCAACAUCAGUCAAAUAGAUGUUCACAUUGCUCCACAGAUCCUGUCCUCAUAUGGCUGCAUUCAAACUGCAGACCAGCUCAACUGUUCCUGUGAGACUGUGGGGAAUCCUCCUCCUGCUCUACAGUGGUAUUUGGAUGGGUUACCUGUCAAUCACUCUGACAGGUUUGCAAUCAGCAGUGGGCCUCUAAACGUCUCUGGUCUGAGGAGCAUCAUCACUGUGAGUCAACCACAACAGAGGGAUCUUUCCACUUUGCUCUGCCACAGCUCCAACUCCCUGGGAUCAGCUACUCAGAGAUUUUUGGUCUACAGCCUCGAGCCUCACGGUCCUGAACAGUAUCUUGGACCGUACAGUGGACUUCUUCUCUUGGCUGGUGCUGCUGUAUUUCUCUGUGUGAACAUCUUCUUCACAGUCUACGUGGUGUUGCUUUGCAAAGCAAGAAAGAGUGUGAAGCCAAAAGAGGAGGACAGAACCUACAUGUCACUGGAGCGUAGAGACUUAUCUCCAGAGUAUGACGUCAUCGGCCACACUCCAAAAUGACCACGUCAGCUUCCUCUGACGAUGAGCCUGAUAAUUAUCAGGUAACAUACUGAAAGGUUUUAUUGCUUUUUUCAUACUUCAUAUUUUGUUACUCUGCUCUCUCUUGAAAUGCUUCAAAUUCACAGUUAUGAGUGUUUGAGUAUUUAUUUUUUGCUGAGAAACAUUCACAAAACAUUAGAAGUAUAAAAUGUAAUUCAGAUGAAUACUUUCUCCAUGAAAACUUUCAUGUAAAAUGAUAUCAAGUCUGUUUCAAACUUCAUCAUAGUGUGCUUGAUUACACUAUAUGUUAAUGCUUCAGGUGGUGAGGUUUUCACUUCUGUUGGUCUUGAAGUUCAGCUGGUCUGCAGUAGUAGGUUUGAUUUAGAGCAGAAAAUACAUUUUGAAUGAAGAGACAAGACAUCUUUCUUGUGAUUUUCUUAAUAGGAAGUGAAAUAUUGUGAAGGAAUAUGGACAGAACAGGAUUCAUGUGGCACUUGAUGGAAGAAACAAGACUCAGAAACAAAGUGUAAUUACAAAAUGACUGUCUCAACACUGAGCUUCAUCUAGCAAUACUAGAGAAUGUCCUCCCAAACAGAGUAACGGCACGUGUUUUGGCAAAUACUCUCUGGAGUCCAUGGUAAAUAUAGGGCAAAGGAGUGUGAGGGAAAUGCCCCUUUAUUAUUUUGAUAUGUUCUUGUAUAUGAAAUCUAAGAAAUACUAGAGUGCAUAGGUGAGAACUCAGUUAAGUAUGUAUAUAUUGAGAUAAUGUGUAACCUGAGGUCGAUGUGGAGAUGGUGGGAAUUGUUUUUGUGAGUUCACAUGUAACCUUGUGACUGCUGCAAUUGUGCAUAUUGGGUUCUGAUAUUAUAAAAUGAUAAGGAGAGACCGCCUCUCUUCAGUCAUCAUCUAUGUGCAGCUGAUGAGUGACUCUUGCUUGCAAACAAUAAAGAACUUCUAGAAGAGAAACAUUAUGUCGAACUCUGUGUUUUGACCAACUC